AUGUCAACGGAUCCGCCACCGCGUCCCUAUCGGCUAUACCCCGCCUAUUGUUUCAGAGCAUCACCUACAUACAAUAUAUGGGUGAAGCUCACUGCCGCAGAUGUGCAAGCUCUUCGGUCUGAGAAGGACUUCCAAGCCCAGCGCAUUUAUUUCCAUCUCAAUCACCCUAUCCGUUAUGUCCGAAUCGUCGGCGUCGUAGUGGCCAUCGAUGACAUCAACCUCAAAUACACGGCUCUCACCAUUGACGACGGAAGCGGCGCGACCAUCGAACUCAAGAUCGUACGAUUACCUCCCGCUGAGAAGAACCCCGUCGAUACGUCCUCAGACACGAAGAUCAAGAACCUGAACAUCGUGAGCCGAUUCGGCAUCUUCGACGUCGUCGUGGACGGCGAAGCCCUAGACAUCGGCACAGUCGUCAAGGCCAAAUGCCUCAUAUCGGAGUUCAGAGGCGUAAAGCAACUGGACCUGCAGCGCAUUUCUGUUGUCAAAACGACCAACGAAGAAGCACAAGCCUGGGCCGAGACCGCUGCGUUCAAGCAGGCAGUCUUGUCGCGACCAUGGCGUAUCACAUCGGCCGAACACAAGAAGAUCAAGCAUGCUAUCAAGGCAGAAAAGAAGAAAGAACAGGACAAUGAGCGACUGCAGGCGGAAUACAAAGUCAAGAAAGAGGAGCGGAGGCUUGCGAAGGAGGCAUACCUUGCGCAGAGGGAAAAGAAGCUUGAGGCGCGACGGAGGAAGGAGGAGGUCAUGCUGAAUAGCGGUGCCUUGAUAUGA